AUGUUUCGUUUUGAUCCUAUUAUCGAACUAACGGAUCGUUACAUAAAUCACAGCUCUCGGCGUAUUGCUGAAGAACAAGAGCGAGGAUGGGUAUCUGUUCCUGAACAGCAAGAGGAACAUGCAGAUGUUUACGAAGAUCAAGAGCCCACCAAUGAAGAAAUUCAAGAAGCACUUGCUCAAUAUGCCCGAGACCGUGAGCAGGAAGGGGAACGCAUAGCUGUCUUCUUGCAUUGUCAAGGUUGCUUAGACCCAAGCACCUUGUCUGAUGAAGAUUCUAAACUUUUGUUUAGAUUCACGCAGCCCGAGAUACGCUCCUUGGCCACUCUUCUUGAAAUGGGAGACAUCGUCUACUUUCGAGAAGGCACUCCAAGUGAAUUUUCUCUGCCAAUGACACUGGCUCUGAUGAUUGUGCUUCGCAGAAUGGUUUUCCCUGCUCGCUUAGUAGAUUUAUCUCUGCUCUUUGGAAAGGGAAAGUCUACUCUCAGUGUCAUCUUCAAUGAAAUGAUAGAGAAGAUUUAUAUUAAGUUCUAUCCAGCCUUGAAGUUUGACUACUGUCAAUUCCGGGAAUCAAACCUGAUGCGCUUCAGCCGAGCCAUUAGAGAAAGAUCACUGGCAAUGUACUGUGUUGGGUUUAUUGAUGGAACCUUCAACAAGAUAGCAAGGCCCAUUGUUGAUCAAGAGGGGGCAUACAAUGGCCAUUACCGAGGACAUGGUUUGAAGUACCAAGCAGUGGUAACACCCGAUGGUAUUACUUCGUCCAUUAUGGGGCCAGACAGUGGUAGGAAUCACGACGUGCGCAUGUACCGCGAAAGUCAAUUGGAUGCCAUGAUGUGCGUAGCAUUUGACUUUACAAGCAUAAAUGGUCCAUGCUAUUACUUGUAUGGUGAUCCGGCAUAUACCGCAUCAGACCAUAUGAUGAUCCCUUUCAGAAGACAAACGGCUGAUGAGCAAGAACUUGCUAUCAACAAAAGUAUGUCUGCUGUGCGAAUUUCCGUGGAGCACGAGUUUGCUCAUUCCGGGAGUCUGUGGGCUUUCUUAAAGUACUCACAGACCCAAAGAAGUGGUCAGUCCCCAGUGGGACUAUAUUAUAUUGUUGGAACGUUCUUGAAGAACCUCCAUGUCUGUUAUAAUGGAGGAAACCAGACAAGCAAAAAGUACGGUGUUGCUCCUCCUACACCAGAGCAGUACAUUUAUGGAUUAUUAAACCAAUAA